AUGAGACGUCCGAGUCUUUCAGAUGCAAGAGACGCGAAGGACGUCGCCGCUUCGAUCGUGCCGGAGUAUGCUCAAUCAUGGGACCCCGUGGUCGAAAGGAGGGUGGUGCGCAAGAUAGACAUGAUUCUCAUGCCGUUCAUGUGGAUCGGCUACGGGCUGGUUUACUAUGAUAAAGCCAUCCUCGGCGGCGCCGCCGUCUUCGGCAUGACGAGCGACCUCUCCCUCCGGACCAUCACCUCCCCACCCUCCCUCAACCCGCCGGUCAUCUCCACCACGCGCCUCUCCUGGGCAACGUCGCUCUUCUACUUCGGCAUGCUCGCCGGUCUCUACCCGCUCACCUACCUCUUCCAACGCUUCUCGCUCGGCCGCGUCCUCUGCGUCAUCGUCGUAGCCUGGGGCGGCAUCGCCAUGCUAACCGCCGCCGUCACCAGCUACCGCGGCCUGUUCGCCCAGCGCUUCUUCCUCGGCUUCACCGAGAGCAUCAUGCCGACCGCCUUCAUGGUGGUGGUGAGCGGCUACUACACCCAGGCCGAGCAGACGAUGAGGCAGAGCUGGUGGUACUCCGCCACGGGCGGGUGGACGGUGAUUGGCGCGGCGUUGAAUUACGCAUUUGCAAACAUCACCGGCGGAGCGUUGACGAGGUGGCAGUACCUGUAUCUGCUUGCCGGCGCCAUCACGGUGCUGUUCGGCGUGUGCUGUUUCUGGUUGCCGAAUUCGCCGGCCAGUGCGUGGUGGUUUGAUGACGAGGAGAAGGUUGUGGCGAUUGAGAGGUUGAGGAUGGGCCAGAUGGGGGUCAGGUGCCAGAAGCUGAAGUGGGGCCAGAUACUCGAAGCGGUGCUGGAUCCGAAGUGUUGGAUUCUCGGGGUUAUGAUGGGCGCCGCGUAUACGGUGAACGGUGCAGUUACUGGGUUUGGACCGCUUAUCGUUUCUACUUUUGGCUAUACUGCGUUCGAGGCUCUGCUGUGGCAGAUGCCGCUGGGAGCUGUCUGCUUUGUGUCGAUACUUCUUACCGGGUAUUUGAGCUUGAAGGUGCCCAAUAUUCGCUUGAUUAUGCUGAUGACAUGCUGUCUGCCGGUCAUUGCCGGUUGUGCGAUGAUAUGGAAGAGCACUUGGUCUCACCAUGCUGCUACGCCUAUCGCUGGCUACACGGUCAUCGGCUUCUUUGCGCCCGUGACAAGUUUGACUGUGAGUACCGGUAUGGCUAAUGUGGCUGGGGCUACCAAGAAGAGCUACAUGGCAGCGAAUAUUUUCGUUUUCUACUGUGUUGGCAAUAUUGUGGGUCCUCAGCUUGUCAAGUCCCAGACCUUGCAACGUCACUAUCCUGAGCUGUGGCUUGGUAUCAUAAUCAGCUAUUGCCUUGUGAUCGUGCUGGCUGUCACGUUGAUGUUCAUCCUUCGGCGUGAAAACAUGCGAAGAGAGCGAAUGCAACUUGACGAAAAGGAGGCGGAAAAGACCGCCUUCGAGGAUUUGACGGAUAAGGAGAAUCCACAUUUCCGAUAUGUAUAUUGA